AUUAGUCUACAGGAGUUUCUAUUUAGUAGGAUUUUAACUAGAAAAUAAGGAAUUCAAUCAUGCUUCUAAAGCUACCUGUGGUUUCACAAAGCGCGGGAAGUUACGUCGCGCGCGAAUAAAAAGUAGGAUACAAAAACUUUUUUGGUUUGUUUAUUUGUUUUGACUUUUGUUUGAGGAGAAAAAAACUUAUCAAAUGGCUUCUUCUCCGGAAUUCCGGGUAGACGUGAUAUUUCACUCGCUCAAGGAGCUUCAACACGAGAAACAGCUUUUGGAGGCACGUUUGCAAGAGCAAAAGGAAAAACUCCAAGAAGUAGAAGCGCUUUUAGAAGCAGCCGAUAGCAGAUAUAGACAGUGUAGUGAACGCCAUGUAAAAAUGGUUGAAACCGUUCAUGUUGCGAAGGAGAAAGUUCUGCAAUCGGAAAACCAAGCCAAAAGAUUGAAUGAGCUGAAUGGAAAUAAGCAACAAAAAGUGCAAGAACUGAACAGAAGGAUAAAAGAGGUCGAAGCAAUGGAAGAUGAGGAAUACAAAUCAUUUGAAGAACGCCUUGAGGGCUUAACAGACAAGAUCAGAAGUGCCAAGACUUAUUAUACCACAGAGAACCUUGAAAGUGAGAUCCAACAUUGGAGCACAACAAGAGAUGAGACUGACAAAAAAGCUGAAGCACAUCAAAUGUCAAUGAAGGAAAUGACUAAUGCUUUGGAAGGCAUUGAGAGAGAGGAAGAACAACUAAAAGAUAAGAUGCUAGAGGGACUGGAAUUUGGCCUUACCUGCCAGGAUCUGCAAAAUGCGAAGUCGGUCUUUAUGGAGCUUAAGGCUGAGUCAGCAUCGCAAUUGGAAAACCAGCAGAGACAACUUGAAGAUCAAAAGAAAAGACUUGAAGAAAUUAAAGGAAAUUCUUUACCACCAAAUGUGGACCCUACACAGGACUCUGAGGAAAUGGAGCCAGCAAUUACGAUGGAGCAACACUCAUUAACCGAUGACGAUGGACAACGCCCACAGGGGUUUAAUAUGAACAGUGAUCAAGGCCACUCAAUGGGUCAAGAAGCAAAGACUUACAGAGUUACAAGUGCAGAGCAAGACACUACCCGUCGUGUGAACGACAGACAAUUCUUCCUAUCGCUGCCAAUGUUCAAUAGCACCAAAUAACCUAAUCAGGGACUUAUUGAGGAUAAGAAGACUAGUAUUUCAUAUUUGACUCGAAUUUCACCCAUUGAUUUUACAAAGAAUUUAAAAAUUAAAACUUCGACAAAAACAA